ACACUGUAAAUGCUGUAUAUAAAGUAGUAGAGUACUAGUAGUAAAAAUUUUUCGAAUACUUAAUUAUCUCGGCUGUAUCAUCAGCCUGUAUGCUUAUUUUUCCGCCAUUGGCGGAAAAACGUACAGUACAACCCAAGUGACCACUGGCGCGGCAUUGGGACGAUACGCGAUGACUCAAUGAUGUGGUAAUAGCAUGUGGGAUGAGGUUUAUCAACGAGGUCUGUGGUACUUUUGAUUUCCUGAUCUUAUACAACCCUUGCUUGGAAAUUCAGAGCAAGAUCAUUUUGAUUCAAAGUUUGAAUCAAAAUGAAUACGAACGCUGCGGCGGUUUCUGGGCGUAUGUCAUCGGUACUUGAGGUCUUUGAUGACGAGGAUUAUGGCGGUUUCGAGGAAGAGGACGAUGAGUUCGACGAUGCCAAAGCGGAAAAGGAUGCUCCAUCAGCAAUGGAUGAAAGCAACCAGAAAGUCAAGAAACUACCACAACUGCCGGACAUGUUCGCUAUGGUGUAUAAAAGAUCAACCGAUUUAUAUUUGGAGAAGGAUUACCACGGAGCUUUACAGAUCUUCAAGGAUAUUGCCAAGAGUGUAAAGAACUAUGCGCCUUUGCACGACAUCAUGGCGGACUGCUAUCAGAAUUUAGGCAAACCACACGAAGCCUUGAGCUGCUGUAAAGCGGCGGUGAAAUUGCAUCCGAGAUAUAUCGAAGCGUGGAAUCGUUAUGCGGAAGUUGCUGAUAUUCUGGAAGACGACGAGGAACAGAUUCAUGCGCUCAAACAUAUUAUUAAAAUGAAUGUCGGUAAUCUUGCAAACGUCGCGGUGGAAUUGAGACGUCUUCUAUCACUGCUAGACCCCUCGGAAGCUUUCUUGGUCAACAAAUAUAGAAGUCGCUUGUUUUUGGCGGAAUUGUGGAGUGGUUUACAACCGGAUUACUCCCUGGCCGUGAACGUGAUGCAGUGGCUUUAUGCAGAGAAAAGACCGCAAGAUGUUUUGAUUUUCUUGGAGAAAUUCGUCCCACAGAGGAUUCCGAAUAACGAUUUGCCAGAAUCUGUUCUUACGGUUUUUGUGGAGGUGCUGCUGCAAACGAAACAAUCGGAACGAGCUGCACAGUUUCUGAUCGAGUUAGGCGUAAUACUGCUGGACGUCCGCGAUGCGUCCGGAACGUUCUCCUUAACCGAUUUUCCAAGCGCUACGGUAAAGGACGGAAGUUCUGCUGCUUUGAUUGCAGCGGCUUGUAUUGUUAUGCUGGAUUUUGGCAUCUCCUCCAAUAUCGAACAACUUCUACAGAAAGGCAUUUUGGGCGCUAUUAAUUUGGGGAAGAGCAAGAUAUACCUGCACCUGGCCAAUGUUCUGUUGGGAAAAGAUAUGGUGAUGCAUGCGCGGUCGCUGAUGGAACGUUUGCAGUUGCAUCCGGAAUUUCAGUCUCCUGAGUUUUACUAUCAACUAGGACUUAUAUUUGAGAGACUGAACGAUAUCAAACAAGCCCUGCACGCUUACAACAGGGCAGUUUCGCUUAAACCGUCUUUCCGUACCGCGCGGUUCAGGAUUUUGAAACUUGGAUUACCGGUACCUAGUUCGAAAAAUAUCGGAACUGUUGAGGGAAGGCAACGCACCAUCUUGUUGCAAAAAAGGAUUUUCGAGAACUACAUGGAACAGAAACUACGUGACGAUAAAAUGGAGAUGUUGCGAUGUUCUGUAGAUUUGGUGACCUCGACAUUCGCCCAUUUGGACGAAAUAGUGCCGGAACGCAUUAUCGAUAAGCUGGAAGGAAGUCCAUUCCGAGUUGAACAGAAUUUGAAAGAUUACUUAUUAUACGCCCCAGCUAUUGCCACGGAGGACGUACCGUUAGAAGAUUUUUGGGAUAUAUGUGUAGAAGGCUGUCGAAUCGCUCUGGACAGUCGGCAGUAUGAGGAGUUUCUGGUGAUAACCUUCCAUGCCUUGUGCACUGCGGACUUCCGACCUUUUCCUGAGAAAGUUGACAUAAUGAAGUUAGGUAUCAUCACUGGGUUGUAUUAUCUAAAAAAAAAUUUGCGCUUCGCCGUUGGUUACUUCCGUGACCAGCUCAUCUCAAAGAAGCAAGCGGAUUACAGUGUGCCUGUCUGGAAUUUGUUUUAUUUACUGGUAUCGCAGGUGAAACAUACUAUACCGUUGAUGAAGUGGGCGACCAGAUGGUGCAAGAAUUACGGAUAUUCGAAGGAAAUCACUAUGUUUAUUGCCAAUGAUUCGCUGCGACGAGGGCAAUCCCGCCACGCAUUAGAUCUGUAUUCAAUGAUCGCCAAAAACGAAGGAAUCAACGAUGCUUCCUGGCAGGUUUUGUUGAACCUUGGACUUCUAUAUGUUAGAAUAUCCGCACAAUUCCAUUUGACGAAACGAUCUCAGAUCUACAGUCUGGGCAUGAUGUUUAUGGAGAAGUAUGCUUUACGGCGAGGUCUAUGUCCAGAAGUGAUGUACAACAAGGGUCGCGCAGGUCACUUAUACGGGGAUUUAGCGUCGGCGAUCGUUUAUUACAAAGAAUGCUUGAGAUUGUCCCAAAUUUCCUCAAGUACAGCUUCCAAAGAAGAAAGGCUGUAUUUUGAUUGUGCUUUCGAAGCGGCUUACAACCUACGGGCGAUUUAUGUGCGUUUGAAGCAACCAGUCCAGGUUGCCGAUCUUUAUACUGACAAGUUACACUGGAAAAAUAUUCGCGGUUUAUCAACAGCUGUCAAUUUUAAUCGGCAGAUUAAUCUGUGAUUGUUGGUUUGCUUUUGAUGAGUUAACGACACUGUUCCCACUGUCAGAUUAUUUAGAUACUAUAUUUACAAAUUUGAAUAAAAAUAU